CUUGAAAUACGGCUACCGCAUCGCGAUGCUUUGAAUUGUGCUCGUCAGAUAUUAUUGCUUUUAACCAAAAUGCGCCGACUCUCUACUUUCUAUUUGUUCCAUUUCUUAGGUCUCGCCAAUUGCAUUGACCUGACCUCUAAACGUGGAUUGGCUUUCCAUGGCGACAAACACGAGUCCGAUAACGAGCUACUGCUGUCAAACAACUCGGAGAUAGCAUGGUACUACACCUGGUCCCUCUGGCCGUCAGAUGAGAUUGGCAAAUCUCUUCCUUUUGUGCCACUGAUUCACGGCCUCGACGAUGCAUCAGACUCUGAACUUAAAUCUCGCCUCAACAAACUUCCAGACUCUUCAACCCAUCUCCUCAGCUUCAACGAACCCGAUGGAGAGACGGAUACGGGUGGCAGCUCAAUAUCAGCCAAGGAUGCCGCUCGCUCUUACAUGUCCAAUAUUGCUCCGUUGAGAAAUUCGACGAAUUCUCGACAAUGGAAUAUAAGCCACCCGAGUGUUACUGGCUCUCCACGAGGACUUGAAUGGCUCAGAGACUUCAACGAAUCUUGUUACGACAUUGACGACGAUGGUUGCCCGACAGAUUUUGUGGCAGUACACUGGUAUGGUGAUGCACCAGGGCUCGAAAACUGGCUUCAGACCUUGCGGGAAUUUUACAACGAGACUGCCCCGAAAGCCAAGUUCUGGAUUACUGAAAUGGCCUUGCCAAAAGAAGACGAGGAAGCGACCUUGUCUAUGAUGAACGAAAGCUUGCGGAAGCUCGACAGUCUCGACUACGUGCAAGCGUAUGCUUGGUUUGGAGCAUUCCGUUCAGAUGAAGCAAACGAGUGGACUGGCGACAGUGUUUCUCUCUUUGAUGAUGACGGAAGUCUGACAAAGCUCGGUGUGGAGUAUCUUGGUGGCAAGAGCAAAGGUUUUGAAGAAGGCAUGUCGGGAGGCCUUCGACAAGCGCCCACGAGUAGUCUUGUUCUGGUUGGAUUGAUGAUAGCGGCGUUCCUUACCUGGUGA